AUGAUGUGUCACGUAUACGAUAUUGCGGUUUGUUGUGUAUACAUACAGCGAGGCGUUUCGGAUAGCUUGGAGCACACAGGGCGAUUCAAUGGCUGGCUAUCGCGAGCAUAUCGAGACUCUGUUCUAUUCGGGCGCGAGCCUCUCUGCUCGGUUCUUGGCAUCUCGCGUCGUUUCCUCCUCCGCCCCAAAUCGAGCACUCCGACUCUGAUCGCCAAAAUGUCGACAAUUGAACCACUUUACUCCACGCUCCGGUUUGUAUCUUCGUCUGGACCACCAUCAAGCGGCAAAAGGCGUAUAGCACAGCAUGCCUGCGACAGGUGCCGGCAGCGAAAGAAGCGGUGCUUCAAUGGCGACAAUGCUGUGACCGACGAUGCUGGCGAUGCUGGGCGUGUCUCUAGCACGGAACCAGGGGAUGCAGACGCCACCAAGAAUACCAAUCACCAUAUCCUGGAUGUUGCGUCAGGGAUGAUUGAUGUCAGCAAUGGCAACGCUGCAUCCAACUCACAUCCGCGAUACAUUGGAGACUUGAAUCCUGAGGUUGAACUUCUUGCUGCAACUGAACCGAAUCAGGUCCCGAAGAACAGUACAGGGGUCUGGCACAGCGAGAGUGUUCAAAAUUCUCAUGAGAGCGGCGACAAGCAUGUUGCCGCACCUUGGAGCAUCCUGCAUGGUCUGCCACUUGGCACGCAAGAAUCAUUGCUGCCAUUGCUACGGCAGCAAUGUCUUGAGACCAUACCAACCCGAGAAAACUUCCUAGAGCUGGAGCGUUAUUAUUUUGAACGCAUCCACUCACUACUGCCUAGCAUAGACGAAGCCAUUUAUCGGAGCAGCCUCGUGGGUAGUCCGACCGAGAACCUCCAGAAACAAUGCGUAUGCCUGCUGGCAUCCACUAGCUUGAGCAUGCGGCAGUAUCUUCGACUUGGCAACGACCUGCGCACCCUUCAGCCCAACGAGUAUGCACGAAGAGUGGUUGGUGCGAUGCGCUUAAUCAUUGAUCUGGCGUUGGUGACUGACAAGAUUGUGCUCAUCUAUGCCCUGACCACGAUGUCGCUGUUCGUCUAUGGCCGGGAAAGCCUCGAGCUAACCUCACAGUACUUCUUCCGAGCUGUUCAGGUUGCUUACUCAAUCGGUCUACAUCAGCCUCGGGACACGAAGCAGGAUGAGAAAGUGGCCGGAAUGUUCAGCUAUAUCUGGUCCAUAGAUCGCCUGCAUGCUGCCAUGCAGGGUCGUCCCAUUGUGAUGCACGAAAUUGACAUGGCGAAGUCACCCUUGAGCUGUGCUGUCGAUCAGCAGGCAGGGUUCAAGGUCCUGGUCCACAUAGCCGCAUUGCUCGACAAAGUGAUCGGACUCUACAGGCCGACUGCCCUUCGAAAGGAGAUUCCGGAUGAAGAGUUCCCGCUGUUCGAAGAAGUCCUGGAAAAGUGCAACGCCCUGACACUCCGAGCAUGUGAUCAAGCUUCGUUGGAGCUCUUUUACCAUGCUGUCGCCGUUCUUUCUUGCCGCUAUAGCUCUGGCCCAGCUAUGGAAAGGUCCCAUAUUCGCAAUGCUCGACAAACUUCGUCGACUACGCAGAUCCUUGCUAUCUUGGACAAAUUGGACCCCACGAACACGGCAAUGCUGCCUUUUGUACCAUACGCAGUGUCUCUCGCGAUGAGCACAGCCUACCAUGACUUCCGCCAUGGUAAAGCCUCCACGCGGAGAGAACGUGCCUGGAAGAACUUCGUCAAGAGCCAUAGACAUCUUGCUCCUUUAGGGAUAAUCUCGUGGUCUGCAGCGUUCAUGUCGGAUCUUGCGAGUAAGCUGUUACAGGAAGCGCAGUCGAGGAGAGAGACACGUCCCUCGAGUCCUGUGACAGAGUCUCAGCCGAACCACCCAACUAUGGCGGCUGAUCAAAACGCAAGCCUGAAUGUUGCAGAAUUCUCCAUGGAUGAGUUCAUGACGGAUAUAAAUUUGGAUCUGGAUGGUCUCUUUGAGGGUGCCCUAGAUCCAAGCAUGCCAUGGCAAUUCCAGGACACUUCUUAUUCCGGCUCUCGCUGGUAG